CGGCAGACAGCAGCAGUGGCAGCUGCUUCUCAGGCGCUGCGCUUCCGCCUUGUGGGGCGAGAGGGCUAGACGAGGGUGGCGGCGGCUGGAGCAGGGGCCGGAGGAUGGUGGUUGGGGGGCGGGCCGGCAGCCAGCAGCAGCAGCCAGGAGCUCGCUCCUGAGGCACGCGCCGCAUUGAAAUUGACGCGCGGCGGCUGCUGCUGAGCCAGGGAAGGGCGAGCGUGAGCGGCAGGGACUGCGGCGGGCGGCCGGGGCACAUGGAGGGCUAGCAGCGCGGCCGCCGCUACCGCUAUGUGAGCAGGGUGGGCGAGAGGGGCCGAGGCCGUCGCUGUCACGUCGCCGCUGUACCCAGAGGCAGCCUCAGGCGGGGGCUAGGGGCCUCGGCAACGGGAAGGGCCAGGAGCGGGGCCAAGGCUGUGUGCGCGUCCGGGGCCUCGGCAGCUGCAGGAAGGGGGGCCGGGUCGGGGGGAGGGGGUCAUCCGAGGCCUUGAGAGGAGGAGGCGGGGGGAGCAGAUUUACCUUCCAGGGGUGCCCCGUCUCCGCACCGCGCCCAGGCUUCCCCCUGCGUUAGGAGCUCUGCUCCCCUGCCGGUUGAGAAGCUCCCCGCCUGCCUGGCUCCGCCCGCCGCCUGGCUUCUGGUUCCCUGCUCCUGUGGAUUGGGGACCCGCUUGGACAGCACCACUCGCCUGGCACCGCCACUCGCCCCGCGCCGCCUGCUCUGCAGGGCUCUCCGCUUCCCUCUCCGUGAACCGGGGGCUGAGGCGGCGACAGACAGAAGAAGAGGGAGCGCCGCCACCGAGACCAUGAGGAAAUUUAACAUCAGGAAGGUGCUGGACGGCCUGACAGCCGUCUCAUCCUCCUCCUCGGCUUCCUCCUCCUCGCAGCAACAGCAGUCCGGGAACCGGGAGAGCGACAUCCCGGAAACGCUCCAGUCCGAGCACUUCCAGCUCUGCAAGACCGUACGCCAUGGUUUCCCCUAUCAGCCUUCAGCCUUGGCAUUUGAUCCUGUUCAGAGGAUACUGGCAAUCGGGACUCAGACUGGAGCUUUAAGGCUUUUUGGUCGGCCAGGAGUUGAAUGCUACUGCCAACAUGAUGCUGAAACUGCAGUAAUCCAGCUCCAGUUCCUGAUUAAUGAGGGAGCUCUUGUGAGUGCCUUGGCUGAUGACACAUUACACCUAUGGAAUUUGCGUCAGAAGAGACCUGCUAUACUUCAUUCACUCAAAUUUAACAGAGAAAGGAUAACAUUUUGCCAUCUGCCUUUCCAAAGUAAAUGGCUAUAUGUGGGUACAGAAAGAGGAAACAUUCACAUUGUCAAUGUGGAGUCCUUUACACUCUCAGGCUAUGUCAUCAUGUGGAAUAAAGCCAUUGAACUGUCAUCCAAAUCUCAUCCAGGACCUGUUGUCCAUAUUAGUGACAAUCCAAUGGAUGAAGGAAAGCUCCUGAUUGGCUAUGAGUCUGGAAUAGUAGUAUUAUGGGACCUCAAGUCAAAGAAGGCAGAUUACAGAUACACACAUGAUGAGGCUAUUCACUCUGUUGCUUGGCACCAUGAAGGAAAACAGUUCAUUUGUAGCCAUUCAGAUGGUACCUUGACCAUAUGGAAUAUAAAAUCCCCUGCCAAGCCACUUCAGACAAUCACUCCACAUGGAAAGCAGUUAAAAGAUGGGAAGAAGCCAGAACCUUGCAAACCUAUCCUAAAAGUGGAAUACAAAACAGCUAGAGCUGGGGAGCCUUUUAUCAUUCUAUCGGGAGGCUUGUCAUAUGAUACUGUAGGAAGAAGACCCUGUUUAACAGUCAUGCAUGGGAAAAGCACUGCUGUGCUAGAAAUGGAUUAUUCUAUUGUUGAUUUUCUAACCCUCUGUGAAACUCCGUACCCUAAUGAUUUUCAGGAACCAUAUGCUGUGGUGGUUCUUCUAGAAAAGGAUUUAGUACUUAUAGACCUUGCACAAAAUGGGUAUCCUAUAUUUGAAAAUCCCUAUCCUUUGAAUAUACAUGAAUCUCCUGUUACCUGUUGUGAAUAUUUUGCUGAUUGUCCUGUGGACCUCAUUCCUGCACUUUAUUCAGUUGGGGCUCGACAGAAACGUCAAGGUUACAGUAAAAAGGAAUGGCCUAUCAGUGGAGGCAACUGGGGUUUGGUCACUCAGAGCUACCCAGAGAUCAUUAUUACAGGACAUGCUGAUGGGUCAAUCAAGUUUUGGGAUGCCUCUGCAAUAACACUGCAAGUACUUUACAAGCUAAAAACAGCUAAAGUAUUUGAAAAAUCACGAAAUAAGGAUGACAAGCCAAACACAGAUAUAGUAGAUGAAGAUCCAUAUGCCAUUCAGAUCAUCUCGUGGUGUCCAGAAAGUAGGAUGCUGUGCAUAGCUGGAGUUUCUGCACAUGUCAUUAUUUACAGGUUCAGCAAACAAGAAGUGACAACAGAAGCCAUUCCGAUGCUUGAAGUACGGCUGCUGUAUGAAAUAAAUGAUGUAGAAUCUCCAGACGGUGAACAAGCACCACCGUUGCCAACUCCAGGCACAGGUUCCAAUCCUCAGUCCAUCGCCCCCCAGUCACAUCCAUCUACAAGCAGCAGCUCAUCUGAUGGGCUCCGUGAUAAUGUCCCAUGUUUAAAAAUAAAAAGCUCUCCCCUCAAACAGUCUGCAGGCUAUCAGAUUGAACUAGUUAUUCAGCUGGUAUGGGUGAGUGGAGAACCUCCGCAGCAGAUAACCAGUUUGGCAGUGAACUCCGCCUAUGGUCUAGUAGUUUUUGGCAAUUGUAAUGGUAUUGCAAUGGUUGAUUACCUGCAGAAGACAGUGCUCUUGAACCUUGGCACCACUGAAUUGUAUGGCUCUAAUGAUCCUUAUCGUAGGGAACCUCGAUCUCCUCGUAAAUCUCGGCAACCAUCAGGAGCAGGUCUUUGUGAUAUUAAUGAAGGGACUGCAGUGCCAGAGGAUCGCUGCAAGUCACCCACUUCGGGUUCUGGUUCUCCAAACAAUUCUGAUGAUGAUGAUCAAAAAAUGAAUAAUUUUAUAGAAAAGGUGAAGACCAAAGGCAGAAAAUUUUCCAAGAUGGUAACCAAUGAUAUAGCAAAGGUGUCCAGAAAGUUAAGUUUGCCAACUGAGCUAAAGCCUGAUUUAGAUGUCAGAGACAACUCCUUCAGUCGAUCCCGGAGUUCUAGUGUAACUAGCAUCGAUAAGGAAUCCCGAGAAGCAAUUUCUGCUCUUCAUUUCUGUGAGACUUUCACACGGAAAGCAGAUACGUCACUUUCUCCAUGUUUAUGGGUCGGGACUACUCUGGGUACAGUGCUAGUCAUUGUACUGAACCUACCCCCAGGAGGAGAACAAAGACUAAUUCAGCCAGUAAUUGUUUCUCCCAGUGGAACCAUUUUGAGGCUAAAAGGGGCAAUCCUGAGAAUGGCGUUUCUGGACAGCACAGGAUCUAUAGUUCCACCAGCAUAUGAACCGUGGAGAGAACACAAUGUUUCUGAAGACAAAGAUGAAAAGGACAAAUUGAAAAAACGGCGGCCUGUCUCAGUGUCCCCCUCCUCCUCUUCUCAGGAAAUCAGUGAAAACCAAUAUGCAGUGAUCUGUUCUGAAAAGGAAGCAAAAGUUAUCUCAUUGCCAUCACAGAACUGUAUUCAUAAACAAAACAUAACAGAGACUUCUUUUGUUCUUCGUGGAGAUAUAGUGGCAUUGAGUAAUAGUAGCUGCCUUGCAUGUUUCUGUGCCAAUGGACAUAUUAUGACUUUUAGUUUGCCAAGUUUAAGACCAUUGUUGGAUGUACAUUACCUGCCACUUACCAACAUGCGGAUAGCCAGAACAUUCUGCUUCACGAACAACGGACAGGCGUUGUAUCUUGUCUCACCUACAGAAAUUCAGAGAAUCACGUACAGUCAAGAAACUUGUGAAAACCUACAGGAAAUGUUGGGUGAGCUCUUCACUCCAGUAGAAACGCCAGAAGCCCCAAAUAGGGGUUUCUUUAAAGGCCUGUUUGGAGGUGGUGCACAGUCACUCGACAGAGAAGAACUCUUUGGAGAAUCAGCAUCUGGAAAGGCAUCAAGAAGUCUUGCUCAGCAUAUCCCAGGGCCUGGUGGUAUUGAAGGUGUUAAAGGAUCAGCAUCUGGAGUAUCUGGUGAACUAACAAGAGCCAGGAUUGCACUAGAUGAAAGAGGGCAAAAACUAGGAGAAUUGGACGAAAGAACGGCUGCUGUGCUAAGUAGUGCUGAGUCUUUCUCUAAACAUGCUCAUGAGAUGAUGAUGAAGUACAAAGAUAAGAAGUGGUACCAGUUCUGACAACCUACAUCCAAAUAGAUCAAUCUAACUUUACCUCGAGGAGGAAAAAUGUCCUUUUUUUUCUUUUAAUUAAUUUCUGCAGGACCAUUGGAGUUGGAGGAGUAUUCACUGUCAAUUGGAUAGUGUUGUUUCCUAGCACAAAUCAUACACAGUUUUACCUCAGUCAUAUGGCUUUAACUGAGGAGCAUUAUAUUUAAAACAGACACACACAAAAACUUGAGUGUUUGUCGUAGAUGUGGGUUUACUCAGAGCUUGGGAAAAGAACAGGAGACACAGGACACUUGGAGAGAGGCAAAGGGGAAAAGAUGCAAGAUGGGCAGUGGCAAUGCAGGAUCAAUCCUGUGUUAAUAUGUCAUAUGCCAAAAGUUUCUGUUGUAACUGCUGUGAGUGAUUCACCCUCCUGUGAGGAGAGGCAAUAAAUCAGGGGUCCAAAAGCUGGAAUAAAGUUGUUUGUCUCACUGAACUAUAAAUAGCUGACUUCACCUACCCUCCCUUCCAUUAUUACUGAAGAAGAGUUACUCUGUUUGCUACCAGCUCUUUGAUCAGACAAGCUGGAAGUCUGAAAGAUCCAUAUUGAAAAUGUAUAUACAGUUGACCUGUUCAUAGUCUCUUCUAGGACCCCUGAUCUAGUAUUCUUGUAUUCACAUCAUACUCUGUCAAGUGCAAAACAAAAGGAUAAAACAUUUUUGCAUUAAAAAAAAAAUCAAAUGAAUAACAUGACUGAAUUGCGUUUCAUACUGGGAGUUUUCAUGUGUGUUAUUGCUGUGCGAAGUGAAAAGUGAAAACAUCUCCAUUGUGGUGAGAAGAAUACUUCAGUGUCUUUUAUGUGUCCUCUUUCAUUCAGCUAAAUCUUUCCUGCUCCCCCUCCCACCUCACCCCCCACCCAAAAAAACCAGCCAGUUAUUGGUUCAGUUUGUAAAACGUUUGGCGUUGGCUAUCAGUUUCAUUCAUCCUGUGAAUUUUUAUAAAUGUUUAACAGAACAUCUUUUUACAGCCAUUUAAUUAAAUUUGUUGAGAUGGUUCUAAGCAAAAACUGUAGCUAACUUAUAUCCCCCUUUAGUUCUUUAUUACCAAAUCAAAUAAUCUUGGACUCAGGUUUGAAACAGUUUUAAACUAAGUGAAGAUGCUGUUUCAAGGAUAAGGGCAAGCAUCUAAUGUUAAGUAGCUCUAAGUCUUUUAGUUUUUCUUAAAUCCUGUUUGUAGAGCUGCUGUUCAAGACUGUAUCUCAGUAGCUUCAAACAUUCAAGACCUACUUAAAAAUUGGAGUUAGUCUGCAAAACUGUUUUCAGUUAAUGGGUAUGAUACUAAAAAUGAACAAUAAAGAGGUUCUCAGUAUUUCAUGAAGCAGAGGACCACUCUUUAAAUUUGGGCAGGAAAAAAAUUAAGCAUUUGUGCUAAAUCAAAGCAGCAUAUUGUGUUAGUGUAUGACUGCUGCACUGAAGCCAUAACUGCAGGGAUGAACAGAAUUGGAAAGAAGGAGAGAAGAAAAAUCCCUUGGAAGAAAAUGUUUGCAUUGUAAAAACUGAGUGAUUUCGUUAUUUUAAUCUCGAAUUGGAAAUAGUGACUAAUUGUGUUUUGUAAGGGGGAAUAGUUAGAAAAUAACGGAGAAUUUUUUUGAAAAGUUUCCCAUAUUGAAUCAUUAAGAUAAACUCCUUCUAGCACCUUAGCUCUAUAUGUUUGUCAUGCACUCCUCUUUAGGUAUUCCCAGGGCAAAAUUUGCUGUGUUUUUAUGUAAUUGAAAAUUCUGUCAUGGGUAUAUAAGCUUAUAGUAAACUUGGCUUAUUAUUUGAGAGAUGCAAGAUGUGAAGGGUUAAUUAUUCUUAUACAGUUCAAAAAAUUGUAAAUUUUGUCCCAGAAAAUGUGUUCAGAAUUUGUAUACAAACUGGUGGAAUAACUUAAUUUUAUCUUGGGGUGAGGAACUUAAUGGAAUUCACUGACUGCCUUUUGGUUGAUCAGUACCACACAUCCUGCCAUUCUGUCCUGUAUGACACAAAAUAACAAGUCUGACUAUGUAUUUAAAUUUUUGUUAGGAAAAAAAAAUGAUCCACCAAAGAGAGUAGUUACUGAUGUGAACAUGAAAAUGCAAAGCAGCAGCAUUCUAAAUUCUUGAUAGUUCUCCACAUAGAUAAGGGUUAUAUUAGCUCCGGUUGUUUUGGCCACACAUUUGUUUAAUCUCUUCUGUAUGUUACCUAUUUCAUUUUUGCAGUCAGUUUGCCUGCUGUAUAUUCAAUAUAAAUUAAUCUUGUAUUUGCUUGCAAUCCAGCAGCAGAAAACCAGAGAAACUUACAUUAGAUCAAAUUAAAAAAAAAUUCUGAAGUGGUUGUUUAAUUUUUCCCUCACCCUUAAAUUCAAAUUAGUUCUGUUACUUUCACCCAGUGGAACUGCAUUUCAGGGCAACAGGAAUCUAUCCAAGAAGAUAUUCUGAUCAGUCUUUGGGAGAGAUGCUCUUAGCAGUGCUUAUCAAAAGUUGUCAGAUCCACGGAAGCUCCCAUCGGAUUAACAGGGAAGUCUUGCUUAGUCUUCCCAGAAUGAAGCAUUUGACAGCCAUCAGCAAGCAAAGCAAAAUAGGAAGGAAUGAGAGAGCGUAUACUAGAACAAGGAAGAUCUCUGUUUCUUAGGCACUGAGGAGUCUCAUUUUCCUUAGCAUCGUUUCUGUUUCCCAUGUGUCAUGAUAUAUAACUUAGUUUGAAAAAUUAGUGAAAUGAUUGUUGCUUACCAAAUGAACCCACAAUGGCUCUUUAGUCAAUUAUAGGGACUACAUAACCAAUUUUAAUUGCUUUUUAAUCUAAAGUGUUGCUUGUCAGUGUUUUUCCUUGGAAGGAAGUUUGUGAUACAGAAGCUAUGUGGCAUUUUAUUUGCUAUUACUGGAGAAAUUUUAUACAUUGAAGCCACAUUUCAAACAAAGAGGGGAGAUGCCACCUUUUGUCCUGUUGAUUAGCUUUUCAGUCAUUUGAACCUUUUUUUCUGUGUUUGGAAAAAUAUCAGAAUACAACUGAACUAUUACACUUUUUUCUCUUUUUUUAUGGAAGUGCAAGAAACUGCUGCUACUUGUGUUAAAUGUGUAUCACAUUUAAUUUAAUUAUCUUAAACUGAAGAAGCAUUUCUUGAGUUUAGAAAUCCUGCCAAGUUGUAAUUUUUUAUGAAUGUUUUUUCAUAUAAACGUAAGCGUAUUCCAAAUAAGUCUGAAACUGUUAACACCACCCACAUCUCAAGAGAUUUGUUCUUUGGAAAAUGGUCAGUUGGAAAGAAUUACACUAAUUUACAACUCUAUUCUUUGUCUAUUUUUAUAUAUACGUUUUGCUUGAGAUACUCCUUGCAUGACAAUUACAUUAGAAAGCUAUAUCCAAAGGUGAUUUUUUUGGCAGUGAAUUUUUUUUCCUGGCUUAAUAAAUAGCACUGAUCUGACCUGAACUUUAAACUUGAAAUUAUUUCCUGCACUUUAAAAGCUUGGUAUUUUAUUCCUCAAUUUUACUUUCCAUAUUUCUGUAGUUCUGACUCGUUAUUUGUAUAUAAACACACACAUACAAUAGACAAUGCUUAGAACAGAGUAGUCUUCACAGCUGAUAAUUAUAGUUUAGAAUAUAGUUUAGAAAAUGUGUGCUUUAAGUCAGCAAACGUUGUGUAUAUAAAUAUAUACAAUAUAGAAUCUAAUGAAAGGCACUUACCCUGUGUCAGCAUAUGUGGUUUUUAAAUUACAAGAACACUUCCAAAUUUGUUUCAAGAUCAUACAGUGGCAAUUUGUUAUAUUUAUACAUACUGUUAUAAAAUACUUUGUUUUAAAAGAAGAUUUUAUAUAUGUACACUUUUACUUUUAAUUUAAAAAACUUGUGUUAAAAUUUAAGUCAAAGUACUUAAAAAGUAUGUAUAUUAUCCAUACAAAAUUAUGUUUUAAGCUUAUAAUAAGAAAAUAAUUCAUAUCUCAUAUAGAGAUACAAUUACUAAACAAAAAAAGCCCAUUUUCUUUAGAAAUAUUCUGCAGAAAUGAAUCAUACUUACUGUAACCUCCCUUUUGGAACAUUCCAAAAUAAAGGGAAGGGAAAGUAUUACUUUCAAAAAACA